AGCGAGUCUAGUCCGAGUGGAAAUCCUGGUUCCGUGGAGGAUCCUAGAACCAUCGAGGGUGUUCAUGGCGGCAGAGGUGGGAGCGAUGGAUCAGGGGAGCUUGAAGGGCAAGGUGGUGAUGGUCACCGGCGCCUCCGCCGGCAUCGGCCGGGAGAUAUGCCUCGACCUCGCCGCCGCCGGGUGCAAGAUCGUUGCCGCCGCGCGGAGGGUCGAUCGCCUCAAAUCCCUCUGCGACGAGAUCAACGGCUCCUCCAACACUGUCCAAGCCGUCGCCGUGGAGCUCGACGUCAGCCGCAAGAGCCCCGCGAUCGAGGCCGCCGUGCACGACGCGUGGAACGCCUUCGGCCGCAUCGACGCGUUGGUGAACAACGCCGGAGUUAGAGGUGGCGUGUACUCGGCGGUGGACUGGUCCGAGGAAGAGUGGCACAGGAUCAUGACCACCAACCUAACCGGGCUGUGGCUGGUGUCGAAGCACGUGUGCAUACGCAUGCGAGAUGCGACGCAGAAGGGCGCGGUGAUCAAUAUCUCAUCCAUCGCCGGCGUUGCACGCGGCCAGCUGCCCGGAUCGCUCGCCUACACUGCAUCCAAGACAGGCGUGAACUCCAUCACGUGGGUUAUGGCAUUGGAGAUGGGACGAUACGGGAUAAGAACGAACUCGGUGUGUCCUGGGAUCUUCAAGUCGGAGAUAACGGAGCGUCUCAUGGAGAAGGAAUGGAUCGGUAAAGUGGCGAGGAGGACAGUACCUUUGGGGACGUUUGGCACGGCGAAUCCUUCCGUCAUCUCGCUCAUCCGCUAUCUGGUCGAUGAUGCGUCGGAGUACGUGAAUGGGAAUGUGUUCAUCGUUGAUGCAGGUGCCACGCUCCCGGGGGUCCCCCUCUUCUCUUCCCUGUAAAUGGUGGUUUCUUAUAUGGGGCUUGCAAUAAAAAUUGAAAUAAAAAAUAUGUAUAUAUAUAUAUAUUUUUUUAUUUUUCAUGAG